AUGUAUAGACAAAUACCUUUAUCUGUUGCGUUCAGUAGUGAAAACCCUGACGUCAAAAUAAAGGGGAACAGAGUAACGUUUAAGUUUCCAACAGACUGGAUUGUGAACAUAAAUGAAGAGAAGUACAUUGGCAUAACAUCUAUGUAUAUAACACGUGCUUUCAGAAAGGUUGACUUUAUACUUCAAGUCGAGAUAGAAAAUGACGAACAGUCUUUAAGCGCCCAAAACAUUCACAUAUACAAAUACUUUAAAGACGAUACAACAUUGCAACAAUGUAUGAUUUCAUUUAAUGAGAUGUUCGAGAAAAAGUUUAACAUUGAAGUACAAACUUUACAGCCUUUACGUGAGUUUCUUGCACAACUGAAAGAAGAAGGUAGUCAGCCACAACUUAUAGACUUUCAUUAUGAAUUUAAUGAAAAUGAAGAUGGAACUCAUGACUGUCAAUUCAUUGUAUUCUCACCAUUCAAUGAAGUAGCUAAAAAGAAAAAAAUCCAUUACGUAUAA